UGCACAGUGUUUGAGGUCUGAGGCAACAGCAAAGAAAGACUUGUAACACAGAGCUGUGCCUUAGGGUCUUUUAAACUUUGCAUUAAAGGGAGCACCAACGAAUUAGUACAGAGUAAAGCUGAAGAUUUAGAUUAACAAACAAAAAAUAUAUAAAACUGUGGAACAAUAUAAAAGCUGGGAUACUUCUUGGAUUAACUUCUGGAUCCUUACUGACAAGACUUGAGAGCUGAAAUCAGGAUGGCUGUGAUCCUUUGGCCGAUGGUUCUCGCUCUGCUAAUACAGGGCAGUUUGUGCAGCCUUGAAAAGACAACGGUCGGCUGCAAGAAGUGGCAACCAAACGGAGACAAUGUUUGCUGUGAGGAAUGUCAUGCUGGGAAUCGCCUGGUCAAGGAAUGUGGUCCACUUCCAGCGAACCUCUGUAAACCAUGUGAAGCUGGGAGCUUUACAGUGAAUGCAAAGGAUUAUAGAUGCAGCAGGUGUACACUAUGUGUUGGUGUUCAAGUCCAACUGGAAAGCUGCACAGCCACAAGUAACACGAAGUGUGGCUGUAAAGAAGGCUAUGUCUGUGGAAAUGACCACUGCUCCUUCUGUACAGAGAAAUGUGACAAAGGCCAAGAGCCCACAAGUGAUCGUUCUUGCAGACCAUGCCCUAAUGGAACUUACAAUGACAAAGGUCACCAGAAGUGUAAACCCUGGAGUAACAAGUGUCCCAGUCCAGAUCAGGUGAUUGUGGCCAAAGGAAAUGCAACAUCUGACAUUCUAUGUGUGUCACACCUUCCUGUGACCCAUUCAAAGAAACCGAAUGAUGCAGAUCAAGCAUUGCCAUUCGUUAUACCUCUGAUCAUCGGCACGGUUCUGAUGGCCUCUUUCUUCAUUAUCAUCAUCAUUAUGGCUUUGAGAUUCAACAAGAAAGAAAAGAAGCCAGAAAAUCCAGACUCGAAAACACCCAUAAUUAGACCACCUACAGAUGAUCCCAGGACAUUAAUAGCGGUUGAGUGCAGUUUUAACGAAGCUCAGCAAGAACAGGGCAGCAGCACAGAGUCGCUGAUCUCCAAGGGGCCGGCAGGGCAGCUCAUCGUGUGAAUGAAAGGAGGCUGGAGAGCCAUGACGGAUUGAAGUGACUGUUGAAAUUUUGUUGAAUUCUUGUUUAAAAAACAGAAUCUUGAAUGGAAUUCAUCUUUGUGAUACUUAGCCAGAGGUUUGAAAGAUUUCACUCUUGCAUACAUUUUCUUGCUUCUUAUAGAAGGAAACACAACAGCUGUGUUCAAUCAGCUGCCUUUUAUGCAUCAAACCUACAAGUUAGUACAACAUCAGGUAACAUUUUGCUUAGUAUUCACACCAGGAUACAACUACAAAAGUCCUGUAAAGACAGAAGGGAUGAAAGGGAUUUCAGAAAGGGAAACUAAAGAGGACUCAAAAGCACCAGCUGUGUUUUCCCCUUUGUAAACUUAGAAACCAAACCAUGUUUUUUAAAUAAUGUACUUGUUAUCACUGUUAAAAAAAAAGGCCAGUUGAGUGAGUGGACUAUGAUGUGACAGAGUAUGAAUGAGUUUCUUGUUCUGAUAUUUGCAUGUCUGUGCUGAAAAGCAGCUGAGUGUUGGUAAUUUUGAAAGUACAGUACAGGUGAGUGUUCAGCUGUCCAGGCAGCUUUUAAUUGUUCCUAAUUCUGAACCCACACAUGUCUCCAAAUGUAAUCAGCUUUCAUUUUGACUCUAAUGAUCGACCUAGUUAACUUCAGAAUUUGUAGAUAUUCUGUAGAGUGAUGUACUAUAUUAUGUAAGCACAACCAAACUAGAAAAAUGUCAUUUCCAUUUUCAUUAUCAUCUUUUAUUCAAACAGGUUCUCGGGGGAGUCAUAGUCGCAUAUUUCUGUGGCUUCCGCUCCCUGUGAUUAAUUGCGAAAGUAGUAAGUCUGUCAGUAGUUGUAAAUAUUUUCAUACCAAGGGCAGCUUGACAUUUAGUCUCUUUCACUGUACUUAACGUUACUGUAACAGGAAUUAUAUGGACUUUCCUGCUAUUAGUUCAUUUGUCAUGAAAAAUUCCAAAGGGGUUUUCCCUUUUUGUUAAUAAAUAAUCCAGCAAUACAAUUUAAAGCAGGGAGAGCCUACAGAUAGCACAAUACUUACAGUGCCAGUAUAAUGCAGAAAUAAAAAUCUAGUUCAGCUUCAGUGAACCACUGCUUCACAAGUCAAGACUUGCCAUAUGUGCAAGGAUUAGCAAGCUAUGAGUGUUCAAAGAACUGUUAUGACAAGCACAUUGCUAAUAGAUUUUAAUAGUUCCCACCUCACGUGUCAUGUGAAAUUGUCUGAUUACUUAUGACACAUGAUAAAUAUGACGGACAAAAGUUAUCAAAAUGAGGCUCAAAGGUGUGGAAAUCCCCUGCCAGGCCUGUGUUCUGUGAAACUUUUCUCCUUUAACACAGCAAGGUGGGCAGCAAGACCGUGUUUUUUUCUUUUAUUGUAAAGCUGUAUGUCUUCUGAACUGUAGCAGGCGUGUUUCUUCACUUGAUGGAAAGUUUAAUUUGCUGUGUAGGCUUUUAAAGGUGAAAAUGUUAACCCACAUCUAGAGAGUUGCAUCAGUUCACUUGAUACCUAUGAGUCACAAGUCAGCAAUGAUGUCUGUUUGAAAGGUGUCAAAGUUUACAGGUGUUGUCUGGAGAAGAGUUACCAUAUUACAGCCAAAUGUAGCACUUUAUUUCAUCUUAUGUCUACCACUUUAAUACUGAAUGCACUUGUGGUUUGAAGACACCUUUCUGCCUUACAGUUACUUUAAAGACUUAUUUUUAUAAAGGUUAUUGACUCUUGAAAGCAGACAUUUGAUACUGUACUGUUGUAACACCCAAUAAAAUAUUAUUUUUUU